AUGGAAACUCGAAGAAGAUCUUCGAGAAUCGCCAAACUUGUGGAAGGAGUUGAGGAGAAAGUGGAGGAGCCAAAAGUCGAGAAGAAAAAUGCUCCGAAAAGAGCUCGAGGCAAAAAGAUUGAGGAAAUUCCAGAGAAAAAGACGAGAUUCGAGGAUUUAGGUAACAUUUUUAGUUUAAAAAAAUGUAAAAUUUGAUCAGGAAUUAAAAAUUUUAGGAUUUGAAAAAAACUGAAUUUUUUUGCCACGUGGAAAUUGAAAACAUUAAGAUUUUUACUAAAAUACGACGUGACCUUUUGAAAGAAAACACGUGCUACUUUCUCUAUGUUUAAAAAUAUAUCAUUUUGUGAUUUUUUGAGUUUCAAAAAUGACGAUGUUACUGUAAGUUUCGGCUCCUAAAAUAUAUUUUGGAAUACUGUAGAUUUCAGCCACGUGUUUAGAAUCUGAAAACUGAAAAAAUCUCAUGUUUUUCCGAUAAAAAUAUAAAAUACUUUUGAUGUUCUCCACCUCACAAUUUCAAUAAAAUAAAUCUUUCCUUUGAAUAUCCUUUUUCUCAGAAGAUCCUUCAAUCGAAGUAGAUGUUCCUAAAAAUGUCAAGGCUCCAAAAAACCCUGAGAAUCACAAUUCCGACAAUUUCGCCAAACCAACACUUCCACUGUCAAAUCGCCCAAGGCGCUCAAUAACUUCUCGCCGAGUUUCUUAUACUCCAGAUCCCACAGAUUCCAUGAUUCAAAUGUCAUCUUCAUCAUCUUCAGAAAUAGAUUCUGAUUCGGAUGAAAAUGAAUUCUCAUUCAGUGUCAAACAGGAAAAUGAGAGAGCGAAUUCGAGAAAUUCAGGCAGAAAUGAAAAGCAAAAUUUGAAGAGAAAACCUGUGAAAACGAGCAGUUCUGAAUCAGAUUCAGAUUCUGGUUCUGGAACUGGUUCAGAUUCCGAAUCUGAAGAUCGAGAUGAAGAUGAAGAAAAACCAGGGCCAUCGAAUGGAAGAAGCAAAGAAGGAAAAAGGGGGCAUUUUGGAGGAAGAGGAAGAGUUGUUAGGAAAAAACCGACUGGAAAAGAGGUCGACCAAGGAGAUGUUAAUUGUGGGUUUUUUGAUGUUCAAUUAAAAAAAAUGAAAAAAGUUCUGGAAUUUUCAGCUUUUGAAAAAUAACGAUAAAUAAAAUCUUUCACCUUCAUUUUAAAAUACAUUUUCCAGGGCCAAAAUGUCGCAAAGCCUCAAUCGCUCGUAAAACUGGUAAUCCAACAAACUCCAAAAACGCCUCAACAAAAUCGGGUCUCAGAAUGGCAGCUCGCCCAAAACCCCAACAACCAUGGAAGAAAAAUCUAGCAGCUUAUGAAAAAGAUCGAAAAUUAGCGAAAGGCGAAAGAAGAAUGAAGGAAUAUCGAUUGAUUGCAAAAGCGUAUGCAAAAGGAAAAAUUGAGGAAGUUAGCUAUGAUGAAUGUUUCAAAAUUCAUGAGGAUAUGAAAAAAGCUUAUCACGAAGGAAAGAAAUUGAUCGAAGCUAUUCAAAAAGAGGAAAGAAUUCGAGAAAAUCCAGAAGAUCAGAACGGGGAAAGCUCUUCAGAAGAUGAAUGGGAAGAAAUGGAACAAUUUGAGCCGGUUAUUGAUGAUUUAAUUGAAGUUAACUUGGAAAAUGAGGGAGAAGAGGGAGUUUUGAAGGAUUGGUGGGUGAUUUAUCUUCGACAAGAAGUCAACAAACAAAUCAGGAGAAUGUGGGAGAAUACGCACAAAAUGCAUUUGCUUUGCUAUAUGGCGCAUUUGAAUUUUGUUGUUAGAACGAGUUUGGAUGAGGAUUUGGUGCCAUCUUUGAUGGUUUCGCAGGUGAGUCGGGGAAAUUUGGGAUUUUUUGAAAUCAAGUUGGCCACUGUAAAUUAUCGACCCGAAAAAAACUUAUUUGGAGGCCGGAGGUCUAGAAUUUUCUCCAUAAAAUUUGAAACAAGUUUUCCUCUUAAUAUUUCAUGUCAUUCUAAAUCUUAAGCCCAGCCCAAAUUUAUUAGCCUAAAUCUUUUUUUCCAGCUUCCAUCUGGAUAUCUCGAUUACAUUGGCUCAUCAAUCCCAAACGAUGUCCUUCAAAAACUUGUCAAAUGGUAUUCGUCGGCUUUUCGACCAAUGCAUGGUCAACUUUCUGUAACUGCAAUUGAUGAAGGCUUGAAAAUCGGACAAGAAGCGAGAUAUCCGGAAACUUCGCGGCUCUCAACAUUGGUUAAUCAUAAGGUUUUUGAGACGGAUUUGGAUCGAGCUGUUUUACUUUUUGCACUUUUUGUUGGAAUGGAACAGACGGCGAGAAUUUGUGUGAAUGCUCAAGUAAUUUCGAGAAAAUGGGAUAAGGAACAACAGGAACAAUUGAAGAAAGAUAUGGAGGUGUUUAAAGGUACAUGAGGGAUUUUUGAACUUGUUUUUCUAUAAAAAUCAAUAUUUUUCAGAAAGAUCCAAAAGUCCACCAGCAAAAAAUGAUGAAGAACCAGAAAUCUCAGAAGAAAACAAGGAAAAAUCGAAAAAAGGAUCCAAGUCAAAAGUUGUCAAAAAACCAAAAGAAUUCCGAAAUUAUUGGGUUGAAUUAUGGAACAAAACGGAAAGAAGAUGGAUUUGUAUUGAUCCAUUGAAUUCGAUUUUUGAUGAACCUCUGAAAAUUCAUGAAAGUGCAAAUUUGCCAAUUACUUAUGUUUUGGCAGUUGAUAAUAGUGAGUUUUUUCGAGCGAAGAACAAAUUAAAGAAUUUCGAGGAAUUUGUGCGAGAUAAAAAUAAAACUUGUCUUGUGACAUUUUUUCCAAAUUUCGAAAAAAAAUCCCAUUUUUUUCUGCAGAACGCGGAAUUUGCGAAAUCUCUCAAAGAUAUGCGAUGGACUGCGUCAAACAAGAAUUCCGCCGUCGUCGAACAGAUCCAGGAUGGCUUCGAUGGACCCUGAAUCUUCCGAUUUUCGCCGCAAACAUCGAGCGAAAAAAAUUCGAAAGAAUGCAAAUGCAAGAAGAAUUAGUGAAAAGACCAUUGCCAACUACAAUGUCCGAAUAUAAAAAUCAUCCACUUUAUGUUCUCGAAAAAGAUUUGUUGAAAUUCGAAGCGAUUUAUCCACCUACAAAAGAGCAGAAACCUCUUGGAGAAAUUCGCGGACAUAAAGUUUAUCCGAGAAGUACUGUUUUCACGUUGCAAGGCGAAAAUAAUUGGUUGAAAUUGGCGCGAAGUGUAAAAAUUGGGGAAAAACCUUAUAAAAUGGUGAAAGCGAGACCUGAUCCGCGAAUUCCGGCUGAGGAAAGAGUUGAGAAGUUUUUGGAGGUUUAUGGAUAUUGGCAAACUGAACCAUAUCGAAGACCAGUUGUUAAGGUAGGGUUUUGAAUUUUGUUCGAUUUGGGCUCAAUUCUAGAUUUUCUCAAUUUUACAGAAAGGAAAAAUUCCUAGAAAUGAAUAUGGAAAUGUUUAUAUGUUUGCUGAAUCGAUGUGUCCAAUUGGAUGUACUUAUUUGAAAUUACCUGGUUUGGUUCAAAUUUCGAGAAAAUUGAACAAAGAAUGUGUACAAGCUGUUGUUGGAUGGGCUUUUGAUGGAGGAUGGACACAUCCAGUGUAAGUCGUUUUUGGAGAAUUCAGGGAAAACUAGAGAUCAAAACCAAAAAUAUAGUUUCUGAGUUCUACUGAAAGGAGAAAUAUUUAUUCUGAAUGCCAAAAAUUUUUUAAAAAAUCCAAUAAUAUUUCCAGAAUGGACGGUGCUGUUGUUUUGGACGCGGACGCGGAAUUAUUCCGAAAAGAAUGGCAAAAAAUCGAGGAUUCUCGCGCCGAAAAAGAUGAGCAAAAAAGAAAGGAAAGAGUUAUGGAAAAUUGGAAAAAAAUGAUCAAAGGAAUGCUUCGAUUGAAAUAUGUGAGAAAUGAGUUUGGUGUGGAGAAAAAAUCGAAGAAAGCCAACCAGAAAUGCGCUGAAAAUGGAACUGAAAAUGUGGAAAAAGAGGAAGAUAUUAUUGAUAAUUCGAAUACCCGAAAACCGAUUGAUGGAUUCAGUUUGGAUGAUUUUAUCAAGCCUAGAAAAUGA